AUGGGCGUGCUGCGCGUCGCCGCCGUCCAGCUGCGCGUCUCACGCGACCGCGCGUCGAACCUGCGGCGCGCGGCGGAGCUCAUCGACGCCGCGGCGGCCGACGGCGCCCAAUUCGUCGCCCUGCCGGAGUGCUUCACGGGCAAGUACGGCGUCGAUCUCUUCCACGGCCACCGGGAGGCGCUCGCCGCCAACGCCGACGCGGAGGCCGCGUCCGGGUCCGCGGUCCUCGCGGCCGCGGCGAAGCGGCACGGCGUCGUCGCGACGGGCGGCGUCAUCGAGGAGCACGCGGGCAAGCUCUACAACACGAUGCCCGUCUACGGGCCCGACGGUGCGCUCGUGGCGGCGUACCGCAAGGUGCACCUGAGCCGCGUGCUCGGCAUAACGAGCGAGUCCGACGUCUUGGAGGUCGGCGACGAGGCGACGGCGUUCGAGUCCGGCGGCGUGCGCGUCGGCAUGGCCUGCUGCUUCGACCUGCGGUUCCCCGAGUGGCUCCGGCGCCACGGGCCCCGGGGCGCGGCGCCCGCGGACGUCGUCUGCGCGCCGUCCGCGUUUUUGGACGUCACGGGCCGCGACCACUGGGAUCUGCUGCUGCGGCGCACGGCCCUGGACGGCCAGGCCUUCGUCGUCGGGCCGAACGUCGCCUACGACGCCGAGGACGCGGUCCCGCUCCACGGCCGGUCCGCGGUCGUGUCGCCCUGGGGGGACGUCCUCGCCCAGUGCGGCGCCGACGCCGACGACCUCGCCAUCGCCGACGUGUCCACGGACCGCGUCGCGGAGGUCCGGGCGAAGCUGCCGCUGGCGGACUGGGCGGAGUAA